AUGUUCCUUCACAGUAUUGCAGCAACUUUAUUUUUACUCGACGUCAUUCGUCAAUCAAGCGCUUCCAAAUUAUCUUUCACUUUAACUACUGAGGAGUUAGGUGGAGACUCCACAGACUCUGCAGCUGUUAGACCAUUAGUUGUUCAUGUAGACAAAAAAAAUAUGUCUCCAGAAAUUUUGAAACAGUUGUAUCGCACUUCUAACAUCAUCUUUGCGGAUUUUCCUGAGGUUCCAGAGUUCAUCAAUUUGAAAGAAUACGAGAACAUGAAGUCUGCAACUGAAGAGCUGCUGGAUCAACUUACAAAUGAAAGAAACAUUGCACUAGAAAAUGUAAAGAAAAACGAGAAAUUCUCAGAGAUCGAGACACUUUUGCAGGAGAUCAUUGAUCAAGAGGACUUAGAGAAAAAAAAUGCUGGUGAAGAGUUAUUUUGGGGAACGGGCAUAUCCACAGCGGCAGUAGUUAAUGUCACGAACCCGCCAGCUACUAAUGCACAGCCAUCCCAAAUGCAGUCACAGGUAUCCCUCUCAAAAUCGAUCCACCCACAAUCAAGUCACUCGGCAUCCUCUCGGACAAAGGUUGUUUCCUCCUCUUCGCAUUCAACGUCUACAUACAUGCAUCCCACUAUCGCACCCAUUCAAUCCAUGACAGAGCAUCCCAAAUCUUCAAAAAUAAGUUCAUAUAGCUCAGAGUUACGCACUUCCCAUGGUUAUAACAGCUCUUCGUCAUGGUUCAAGAACGUCACAUCAACAUCGUACCAAACAAGUUCCGGUUCUUUCGUUAUGAAGCCUUCAAGAAGCUCAGGCACCUUCACCUCAGGCUCAUGGAAAGUUCAUGGGAAUUUUGUAAAUGCUACAGCCAACGCUCUAAAUAAUGGUUCGACCUUCGUUAUGCCGACCACUUUCAUCAUGGCAUUGUUACUCUCCGCUAUUCUUUUUGCCCUCUCAUAUUGA